AUGUCUGGAACUCGACAAGCCAGAUUCAAUCAGCAUGUCCUCAUCGAUACCACCCCGAUGCCUGAUCGUAUCCCAAAAGUAGAAGAAAUUGGAGCGACCUCGGCCCCCUUGAUGAGUGCUUCUUAUUUCAUUGGUGAUCGCUGCAAAGCUUUCAAUGAUGAUUAUAUGAAAUGCAAGCAGGACUCCAAUGGAAAGGGUGAAUUAGAAUGUCUUAAGGAAGGCCGUAAAGUCACGCGCUGUGCAGCUAGCGUGUAUGCCCUCUGUCCCCCAAGCUAA